AAGUGGGUGUAUACCCGAUCCAUUCCCCUCACAGAAAGAAAGCUAACUUCUUACUCCCGAUUCGGCUUCAUACUUCAGAAGAGGACGCGGGCUUCAAAUUUAAGAAACCCUAGCUUCCUCCUGCUAGAAACCCUCCUCCAUUCUCAUUCUCCAAACCCACGUGCAUCUCUCUCUCUCUCUCUCUCUCUUCACUGUCCAUCUGGUGGGCCGUACGCUCGAUCGGUCACAGUUCAGGAGAGCAUAAAGAACUUACAGGCAUCCAAACGGCCCAUAGUGAAACAGAAGAGAAGAAGCAAUGAAAAUGGAUGUAGAAGAAGAAGAAGAAGGGGAGAAGAGCAGCGUACAAGCAGAGGUUGCACCUGCCCUAAUUGCAGUUCAUCCUCUCGAGAAAUCUGUUGUCGUUGCAGCUGGCUCUCAACUCCGCGCCUUUGAUCUUCAAGGUGAUUGCUCUAUUUCAUUGCUGGAUGAUUCUGGUGGGCAUUCUCAUACAGAUCCAAUAAGAGCAAUUUGCUUUGCUGCAAAAGGAAGGCUUUUUGCAUCUGCUGGUGAUGAUAAACUCGUGAAGAUUUGGAAUACAAACUCUUGGCAUUGCAUACAAACAGUGUGCUCUGAGAAGAGAGUGAGUGCAGUUGCUAUAAGCCAUGAUGGUUUGUUUCUCACUUUUGCUGAUAAGUUUGGAGCUGUUUGGAUAGUGGGUUUGGACAGGGAUGGUGAAAGUGAAACUUUGGUCAAUGAAAAGCCUGCUCCAUUGUUUGCUCACUACUGUAGCAUCAUUACUAGCCUGGAAUUCUCUCCUGAUGGGCAGUUCAUAGCUAGUGCUGAUAGGGAUUUCAAAAUUCGUGUUACUGUGUUUCCAAAGACACCUUUAAAUGGAGCGCAUGAGAUACAAAGCUUUUGCCUUGGUCAUACAGAGUUCGUCUCAUGUCUUGCAUUUGUGUGCACUUUGGAAUAUCCCCAGGGGUUUCUUCUAUCUGGGAGUGGUGAUUCAACAGUUCGCUUGUGGGAUUUCAUUUCUGGACGCCUUCUUGAUACUUGUCAAGUUGGAGCGAAGGCAGAGCUUUUAGAGUCUAAUGGAGGAGAAGAGUUCUAUCCUGCAGUUACGGAUUUACAUGCCUCUUCUAAUGGUUCAUUAAUUGCAGUAGCAAUUCAAAGCUUGCAUGGAGUCAUGCUUCUGAGCUGUGAUUUUUCUGCUAGAACUCUUUCUGUUGCCAAGAUUGUUUCUGUGAGGGAGAGAUUUAUCCCUACGAGCUUGGGGAUGAGUGAUUCUGCAGAACGCUUGUGGAUGGUUACAGGUGCAUCCAACCUAUCUGCGGCAGGUUCAGUGCCUUUGGCCUGCGUGAGGGUCAUUUCUGGACUCGAGAAAGGCAGCCUAGAUUCUUCUUCUGGGCGUGAACCAGUUGUGUUGGGAGACGAUGCUGUUCCUGGGGGUGAUAAAUUGCUUGAGAAUUUGCAGGGGAGCAUAACCCUAGUGAAAGAGGAGAAGGCGUUGGCAGCGGCUGCAGAAGCAGUGAAGAUGGCAAUGCGGAACCUGUUGAUCAAAAGGCAAUAUUCAGUAGAUAAACGCGAGCUAAGAAAGAAGGGUAGAAAUGACAAAAAGCUCAAGCAGUAAUUGGUAGGAUGGUUUUGAAGGAGAGCUGCUGGUAUUUGAACCGAAGUUAGUCAAAUCACUAGAUUAAGCUCUCCGAGUUGUAAUUUUUAAUUUACAAAUUUGUUCUAGGGCCUGUUGGGAUGUUC